CCCCCAAAAAUUCCCGGCUUCAAAACUUUUUGCAGGCAUCGUCCCGAAAUCCAUCAAAUUCCGUCACAACUCGCGACACCGUGCCCUGGACAUGCUCAGACUUCGACAUAGAGUUUCUUGGAUUAUGACGAAUUCCCAGAUCUAAUUUUUAUCCCCUCAAAUGCCCCUUUCGUCGAGACCCCGACCCUCCCUCUCUCCUCCGUCCCGUUGCUAUUAUGACCGAGACCGCGUCACCCAACAUCGCGCAUCGAGACGAGUCCUCUCCCACCCCUAAUCACGUCCUUCAACCCGCGCCCACCAUUAUCGAGGGCUCGAAACCGUCGACCGAUGCUCUCCAAGAUUCCUCGUCUGAGCUUAGUGACCUCGAUGCGACGACAAAUGCCCAUGAUUUCGAUUUCGACUUCGAUCUCGAUUCUUACCCACCAACACAACCACCCGGACACGAACAACCCACAGCAUCUGACCAGCAAGAAGCUGACGAACAUGAGCAUCCAUCAAAGAGGAGGCGUCUCGAUCAGACCCCACCACCUCCUUCGACACGCGUCAAGGGGAAAAAGAUCUCUCCUCCCUGGAAGAAAGUCAUCGCCGAUGGUCCAACAUCAUACACCGAGAAUGGUCGCCGCAAAUCUGGCAGGAUCAACCUCGCCCUUCCCAAACAACAGGACCAGCAAUCUCCAUCUCCUAGCUAUGAGCUAACGCGAACCUCACGCGCCGUAUUUCAAGAAACCCAAGGCACCAGCACCACGCCCACAAAGCGUAUCAAGAACAGCCCCGCCUCGACAAACGGCCAUGUUUCCUCCCAACAGAGACCCACCCCUCGCUCGAACAAUGUCUCGAGGAGCACGGGCAAAGCUACCUCGGCGAAAGCUCCCCAGUCCUCCAAGUCAUCCACACGAGGUUCGUCUUCUCGAGCCUCUUGGAAAAGAACCCCGUCACCGCCGACUCAACCGACCAGACACUCCAAUCGUGCGAGGAAACCUACGCGAACCUCUUUGGACGGCGACACCACUGCUACCCCCCCUUCCUCCACCCGAGACGACGCAAGGCACACCACACAAGAACUCCCCGCCCGCCCAACGAGAAUACGGCUUCGUGUCCGAGGUGUGGGAGGUAACAUACCUCUGCUCCACCCCGGCCAAGUCGGCAAACGAGCCAAGAUCGGUCUUACAUUUGAAGAAUACUGGGAAAAGGCAGGCGAUAUCCCGCUGGAAGAUGGUGGUUAUGUUGCCGAGGAUGAGAGGUAUACGGAGGACAUGGCCAAGCAGGAUGCCCGCAUAAUACUUCGCGUCGAAGAGGCAGUCGAGCCAGGAGGUAUCCUAUCGAGGGAGCGGUGCUCCGCUUUCGUCCCAGAACCCGCGGACGACCCGCCUCGCCAGUGGGCGCACCUGGAUCACAUGGUCCGGGCCGCCACGAACUUCCGCAAACUCAUGCUCGCCGAGCAACAAAGACACCGGUCGCAGGCCAAGAAGCUGGCCGAGGCUUGCCGAGACGCCUGGCUACGCAAGCAACCCAAGUCCGCCGAGGAGCUCGAGGCGGAGGCUCGCGAGGCCUGGAUCGCCCGGUACCGCGGGGUGAUGAGGUCUAUGUACGGGACUUGGGAGAACGUGCGCGCCGAGAUCAACCGACGGAGACUCCGGGAAUGGGAAGUCGAAGAACAGCGCCGCGUCAAGGCCGCGCUGAACGAAGCGGUCACUCUCUCGGAGCAGAAGUUGCAGGCGCAGCGGGGGCAGCUAGAGUCGGAAGAGGACGACGACGACGACGACGACGGCGACGAGGACGAGGACGAGGACGAGGAAGAGGAUGCCGAGAUGGACCUCGACGAUGAAGACCUGGAUGGUGAUAUAGACGACAGCGACGAUGAAAAAUCUACAUCUGACGACGGGGAUGCUUCCUCUGAUUCCACAGGCGACGAAGAAGACAACGACGACGUCAUGUCUUCCUCCGACGAAGACGAGGAGGAGGAAGCCAGCGAGGGCGGCUUGACGGAUGCCGCCGACGAGACUCUCACCCAGGAACAGUUGCGAGCGAAGUAUGCCAACUUGCCGGAACUGCAUAAACUGGAGCCCAAACCCGACAAACCGCUUCCUAAUGGCACGGCGGCGGCCAGUCCUGGUACCAGUGUAAACGCCGACGAGCCUGACCAAACAAGCGAUGAAUCGAUUGACAUGGAUGAUGAUAUGGGUUCUACAGAGGAGGACAGCGAUGAGAGUGGAGACGAAGAAGACUCAGUAGAAGAGGAUUCUGAGGAAGAAGGAGAGCCUGCUGGGCUUUUGGGUCUCUUCUUUGGACAAUCCGAGUUGAAGAAAUUGCAGGCAGAGGCCACGUCCGACUCGCCCGACCAGCGAGACGACACAUCCAUUCAGCAGGCGCCCGACGGCGAUACGGCCGAGGGCGCACAAUCCGCCACCCCCCAGGCGUUGCCCCUAGCGUCGUGGGAUGGCGAGAAGAGAGACGAUGGUCCUGGUGGUUUCGAAGACGAUGAUGAAGAGCCAGAUCUGGUCCAAAUCCCCGACCCCACCUCGACCGGCCGACCAACGCCAACGCCAACAACGCGAACGCCUGGCCAAGCGGCCUCGACACCAAAGACGUCAACAGCUGAACCUCCUCCCGUGACAAACGGGAUAACGCCAGCCCCUGAAGGGCAAGAAAGCACCGCAGAAUCGGCAGAGCGAAUACUGGACCAGCCUGUCGACGCAGAUGUCGAUAUGAUAGAUCCGCCUAAUGGAAUCGAACCCGUCGUUCCAGAAUUGUCCGUCACUUCGCCCAAGUCUACCACCAAGCUUAUCAGCUCCGACACAGACGCUAUCACCCGCCCAGCAACCUCGCCACGAAGUCACUCGCACUCGCCAUCCACUUCAGAUACAAAGCCGUCUGACCCGGAGACAACCUCCCUGACUGCGAGAGUGAAGGGGGGGGGAACCAGUCGAUCCGCCUCACCCAGCCAGUCCUGGACUCCCAAAACCGAGAUCCCGUCGUUGCUCCGUGGCACGCUGCGCGAGUACCAGCAUUACGGCCUGGACUGGUUGGCCGGGCUCUAUGCCAACAACACGAACGGUAUCCUCGCGGACGAGAUGGGCCUCGGAAAGACCAUCCAGACCAUCGCCCUGCUGGCGCACCUGGCUUGCCAUCACGGGGUCUGGGGUCCUCACCUGGUCAUCGUGCCGACCAGCGUCAUGCUCAACUGGGAGAUGGAGUUCAAAAAGUGGUGUCCCGGGUUCAAGAUCCUCUCGUACUACGGCACUCAGGAGGAGCGCAAGCGGAAACGGCAGGGGUGGACCAACGACGACGUCUGGAACGUCUGCAUCACCUCGUACCAGCUCGUGCUGCAGGACCAGCAGGUGUUCAAGCGCAGGCGGUGGCACUACAUGAUUCUCGACGAGGCGCAUAACAUCAAGAACUUCAAGUCGCAGCGGUGGCAGACGCUGCUGGGAUUCAACACGCACUCCCGCCUUCUCCUCACCGGCACGCCGUUGCAGAACAACCUCACCGAGCUGUGGUCGCUGCUCUUCUUCCUCAUGCCUUCGGAGAACGGGGUCGGGGGGUUCGCGGAUCUUCAAGAGUUUCACGACUGGUUCCACAAACCCGAGGCCCAGAUCCUGGAGAGCGGGCGGGAGACCAUGGACGACGAGGCCCGCGCCAUCAUCGCGAAACUGCACAAAGUGUUGCGCCCGUAUCUCCUGCGCCGCCUCAAGGCCGACGUGGAGAAGCAGAUGCCGGCCAAGUACGAGCACGUCGAGUUUUGCCGCCUGUCCAAGCGCCAACGGGAACUGUACGACGGGUUCUUGGCGCGGGCCGACACGCGGAACACGCUGGCUUCGGGGAACUACAUGUCCAUCAUCAACUGCCUGAUGCAGCUCCGGAAGGUCUGCAACCAUCCGGAUUUGUUUGUCGACCGACCCAUCAUGACCUCCUUCCGCAUGCAACGGAGCGUCGCCGCCGAGUACGACCUGACGAACCGAUUCGUCGAGACGACCGUACUCGCUACGGACCCGAUGACGAAGGUCAGCUUGGGCGUGAUCAAUCUAAUCCCGACGCAGCACGAGGGCAUGUCCCUUACGAUCGCGGAGCGCAUCUCGCAGCUGAGCCUCCACCGCGUGCUCAUGGACCUACGGGAGGCGCAGAACGCCAGGGCGCAUCUGGCUCGCACGAACCUCGACCCGUCUACGGUGGCGUCCAACCUGGCGUAUCUGGAAAGCCUGGGUCGGUGGCGCCGGUUCGAGGAACUCCAGCACUGCGUCUACAUCAACGCCCUCCGCGGGCAGCGCCGACCUAUCUACGGGAAACGCCUGACGGACUUUUUGACGCUGGGGCUCCAGGCCCGACCGCGCAAGCCUCGGCCGAAGGUGCCGCAAAGGAUUCUGCAGUGGUUUUCCGAGGAUUCCGGGUUCCUCCGGGCCGUGGUGCAGACGAGGAACGACAGGGCGGCCAUGAUGGAGACGACGAUGCAAAAGUUCGGCUGCGUGACGCCCGUCGUCGUGACGAGAGACAUGACCGAACUCGUCUUGGGCCGGCGCGCCAUGGACGCCUUUGGGGACGCAGACCUCCGGCUCUCGGCUCCCGUUCGGUGGGCGCCCUUCAUGCGCAAGGAGAGGCCCGUCGACCCCUGGCACGAAGCGCGCAUGCGGCUGAGCAUCCAGUUCCCGGACAAGCGUCUCCUCCAGUACGACUGCGGCAAGCUGCAAGCGCUCGACAGGCUGCUCCGAAAACUCCAGGCGGGCGGGCACCGGGCGCUCAUCUUCACGCAGAUGACCAAGGUGCUGGACAUCCUCGAGCAGUUCCUCAACAUCCACGGGCACAAGUACCUCCGGCUGGACGGCGCGACGAAAGUCGAGCAGCGGCAGAUCCUGACGGACCGGUUCAACAACGACCCGCGCGUCCUCUGCUUCAUCCUGUCGACGCGGUCGGGCGGGCUGGGCAUCAACCUCACGGGGGCCGACACGGUGAUCUUCUACGACCAGGACUGGAACCCGGCCAUGGACAAGCAGUGCCAGGACCGGUGCCACCGCAUCGGGCAGACGCGCGACGUGCACAUCUACCGGCUCAUCAGCGAGCACACCAUCGAGGCCAACAUCCUCCGCAAGGCGUCGCAGAAGCAGAUGCUGGACGACGUGGUCAUCCAGGAAGGCGCGUUCACGACCGAUUACUACCUCAACCAGAUGUCGUCGUCGUCGUCGUUGUCGUUAUCGUCGUCGUCGGCGGACCGCGGCGCGGCAGGGAGGGAGGACGCCGAUUUGGUCCAUGACGGCAUGGCGGCGGCCAACGCGGCCAUGGACCGGCUGCUCGGCGGCGUGGAGAAGAGCGAGUCGCGCAACGUCGGCAGGGUGUUCGCGCAGGCUGAGGACCAGGAGGACGUGGUGGCGGCGAAAGCGGCCGAGAGGGAGAUCCAGGCCGAUGAUGCGGAUUUCCUGGAGCGUGGCGGGGGCGGCGGUGGCGGCAGCAGCAGUGCGGUGGCGUCUGGCGCGUCUAGUACGCGGCAGGGCACGCCCAGGGACGACAACACCGCCGCGGCGAGUGGUGCUGCUGCGGUGGAAUGGGGCGGCGGGCCCGGCCCCUCUGCGCUGGGGCGGUUUUCCGAGUCGGCGGGCCCUGGUGCCGCGGCGUCACCGUCGUCGUCGUUGGUUGAUGGUGAGCCGACCGAGGUGGAAGUGGAUGCGUGGGGACGGCGGAUGGGGACGAUCGACGACUACAUGGUGGAGUGGAUGGGGGAGCUGCUGAAGGACACGCCGCUGGAGUUGCCGAAGGAUAAGAAGAAGAGUAAAAAGAAGAGAGGCAGGGACACGCGCAAGCGAUGAGGAGGAGCCUGCAUUCGUAAUACAGGAUUUGUUUGGUCUUGGUGUAAAAUCACGGGGAACGCAUCAGCGCUGGGCAGGGGUUGCUUUCAGUGGGAAUAGUGGUGUUUGAUAAAAGGACAAGUCGGUGUAUUACUGGGGUCAGACCGAGUGUACCAUUAAGAUAGCGGAGGUUGAAGGGAAAUUUUCAAUUUUUUUUUCUUCUUCUUUUUUUCUUUCUCUGUCAUGAAUCGUACAUCAAAGACAGACGACGGCCUUGACCGAGAUGGACGG